AUGACGCCGCCCGCUAGCCAGAUCAACAAGGACAACCAAACCCCCGACUUGACACACCUUCAUCCCGGGGCCCUGCCAGCCCUGAAACUGACCCUCUCCCCAGGGACAGUGCUGCCCAGCCCUGCAUCCGUGUGGUUCGAAGCAGAGUUUUUCCGCCACAUCCUCCACUGGACGCCCAUCCAGAAUCCCUCGGAAAGCACUCACUAUGAAGUGGAGCUGCUGAGGUACGGGAUGGAGCCCUGGAGGUCGGUGCCCAACUGCAGCCAGACCCCGGUGCCGGCCUGCGACCUCACCAUGGCCACGCUGGACCUGUACCACAGCAACGGCUACAAAGCCAAAGUCCGGGCCGUGGACGGAGGCCGGCGCUCCAACUGGACUGUCACCAAGACCCGCUUCUCCAGGGAUGAAGGUGCUUCCCCCGCGGGGCCCAGAGCUCGGCUUUGGGGGUCCCGUACAGACACCUACGAGAGCAUCUUCCCCCACUUCCGCGAGUACGAGGUCUCCAUUCGCAAGGUGCCUGAAGACUACUACGAGCCCGCAAACAAGAAGGUGAAACACGAGAACUUCAGCUUCCCGACCAACGGCGAGUUUGGGGAGUUCUGUGUCCGGGUGAAGCCGGCUGUGGCCUCGCGCCUGAACAAGGGGAUCUGGUCGAAGGAGGUGUGCCUCCUGCUCACCUGGCAGUAUUUCACCGUGACCAACCUCAUCGUCUCCUUCACCCUCGUCCUGCUGCUCUGCGGGGCCGUGGCCCUCCCCCUGUCCCAGGGUGGGGCGAGUGGGCAGAAGGAACCCGUUGUGAGGGGCAAGAAAGUCAGCAUUAAGCGGUUUCUCCUGGGGCUCUGGGCAGCCAGCGUCCUGGUCUUCGGGACGCCCAGUCCCUUCAGCCCCGCCAGCCAGCUCCCCCGCCCGGAGACGCGAGACACCAUCCAUGCCAUCGAUGAGCAGGCCCUCGCCAAGGUGUCCCCAGAGCUGAGGAACUCCGAGCUGCACGGCAGCACCGACAGCGGCUUCGGCAGUGCCAAGCCGUCCUUGCAGACUGAGGAGCCCCAGUUCCUCCUCCCGGACCCCCUCUCCCAGGCCGGGAGCACCCUGGGAAAGGGGGCCUCCCUGGAGCCCGAAAGCAGCUGCAGCAGUGCCAGCACUGACAGCGGCAUCUGCCUGCAGGAGCCCAGCCUGAGUCCUGGCACGGAGCCCUGGGUGCAGCAGGCGGGGGGCCAGGGCCAGGACGACAGCGGCAUUGGCCUCGCCCACCACUCCGAGGGGCAGCCUGCGGAUGGACGGGCUGACUCAGCCUUGGGCCAUGUCGGUCCCCUGGGGCCUGAGGCGACGGAGGGAGAAGACCCGGCUGUGGUGGAGUUUCAGGGCUACCUGAAACAGACCAGAGGCAGGGAGGAGCAGGCAGCCACGGCGGGCUGCCUGGAAGAAGAGGCCUCCUCAGCCGAUGGCCUUGUCCCCCACCUCAGGAUGUGCCUGGAUGCCAAGGAAGCCUGGUCCCCACCAGCCUUGGACAAGGGCUACUUGAAACAGGACCCCCCAGAAGUGGCUCUCGCUCCCUCAGGGGCCCUGGCUGGACAAUGGAACCCCGCAACUGAGGAAUGGUCACUCCUGGGCUUGACUAGCUGUGGGGACCUGGGGACAUCUGAGUGGAGCUUUGCCCAGGAUCUCGCCCCUCUAGGCUGCGUGGGGGCCCCGGGCGGCCUCCUGGGCAGCUUCGAUGCAGACCUGGUCACCCUGCCCCUGAUUUCCAGUCUGCACGCCAGUGAGUGACUCAGAAGAAGGGGCUGCCUUUGACUUCAGCCAUGCCCUGCGGGUCUGAGGAGGGGCCCAGGUCAGAGAAGGCAUGAUGCCAGCCUGGGCGCUGCUCUCCGCUAUGCCAGGCCCUGCAGGUUCUGGCGGAGCCUCCUCCCUCCCGGAACUCUGCCUGUGACAAGGGUUGUUUGCUCAGGGAAUCGGGGUUUCCUGGAGUUGGGGUGAGGCCGCCGGACUGAAGUCAGUUCCCAGCCAGGCCUUGCCCCGAAGCCAGGCUUGUGUCAAGGCCUCACAGCAGGCUCAUGUCUAGGGGCAAAGGCGAGAGCAGUGACCACGUGUGCCUCAGCUGGCCCCCACCCGGCCUGGGAAGGUCCCGGAAGGAGCUCCCGCAUCGCAGGCCUCCCAGGUCAGCUCUCAGGACGGAGCCGGUGGGGGAGGAAAGGAACUGAGCCCCGAAAGGGCCUGUGGCUCAGAACCCGCCCUCCGGGUGUCCUGUCCGUGUGCAGAUACCUCCCUCUCCCCAGCAAGGAGAGUGGCUGCUCUGGGGUCCCUACCGAGGCCACCCCGCCUCCCCCCGGGCCACACCCCUGACAGCAGCAGUGAAACCUCGGCAAUUUGCAUUGGUCACAUCUCAGCCUGCAGGCAGCCCCUGGGUGUGGGCACCAGCUGGUCUGCCCCGAGGCUGAGGUUGGCACCUGCCCGUGUUUGCCGCUGACGCCCAGCUGCGGACCCAGAGGACGGGGUGCGGGCUGUGCGCCCUGCUCUCCAUGCUCAGCUGCACAACCUGGCCUCCCCUCAGGUCUGCUCCCAUCAGUGAAAUGAAGGACUCGCCGUUGGAAGCUGGCCCCUGCGGCGACAUUGCCGGCCGGGCCGGGCCGGGCUGGGCCGGGUGGGAGGAAGGUACCGCGGGCCUGCGGCCUGCACACAGCCAGCUUCCUUCUCGCACGGAGAGGACCCGAGCGGACGUCCAGGCUUCAGGCCCGAGAACUGCAGGCCCGGCAGGGGCAGGUGUGCGCCCGGCUCCCCGUGAGUCUGGAACAUGAAUUCACAGCCGCUUACAGUCCGUGGGCAAAGAGCUGGGCGGGCGGCGGGCGGGGCUGCCCCUGUCAUCCGCGGCCUGCACUCCAGGGGCAGCUGGGAAUAGAUGUUCCGGCGCGGGGAGUCCAGCCAGAACGCUCCACUCGGCCAGGCAGCGCUAGGCCCAGCCUGGGACCAGCUCCCUCUGCAGACAGGCCUGAGGGCGGGCUCCUCGGGCUCCGGGCCAGGCUUUUUUUUACCGUUGUGUUAUUUAUUGAAGAACCGCGUUGCGCAGUAAAGAGUUCUGGGAACUCCAAGAGCCUCCAAGUUCUCAUUCAGCUCCCCUGUGUCUCGCUGUGUGACCUCGGGCAGCCCCGUCCUCCUCCGUUUCAUCUGUGAAACUAGAACAUAGGCCUGGCUCGUCUCAGUCCUGGGCGUGCGGUUCUGUGGGGGAAGCAGGUGUCAUGUGCCUGGGACACAGCUGUGUGAAUGAGUGAUGUCGUUUUAUUCCAGUAAAUUGUCAGGGCCACAAGAA